CUUCUUUUUCUAAUUGUAGUCACUUGCGAUCCCAUUGUUCAAGGAGACCCAAAGUGAAGAAUGUGAAAAAGAAAGCCUAAACGGCUAAAACCUCUCUGCUGGCUACCUCAAUCUUCACCCCAUUAUCGAGGUCUAUCCAAGUAUUUAAACCACCUUACCCCAAAACCUAAAUCACAAGGAAACAAUCUCUUCUUCUUCAACUUAGUACGUACGUACUGAUCCUCCUUUCUUUCAUCUCUGUGAUUUUGCUUGCUAGUUAACUCAAGUUAUUGGGUUUCUCUUACCUUACAAGGAAAUUCAGAGGAGCAAAGAUGAGCAGACCAGGGGACUGGAAUUGCAGGUCAUGCCAGCACCUCAACUUCCAAAGGAGAGACUCAUGUCAGCGUUGCGGAGAGCCAAGGCCUGGGGAGAGAGGUGACUAUUAUGGAAGUUUUGGAGGGAGGGGUGGCUCAUCUUUUGGAUUUACGGGGCCUGAUGUUAGGCCUGGUGACUGGUAUUGCACGUUUGGCAACUGUGGAGCUCAUAACUUCGCUAGCCGUUCCAGCUGCUUCAAGUGUGGUGCGUCCAAGGACGACACUUCUGGUGGAUUUGACGGUGAUAUGUCGCGGAUGAGAGGUUUUGGGUUUGGAGGCGGCAGCACUAGUCGUUCAGGAUGGAAAUCUGGAGACUGGAUUUGCACUAGGUCUGGCUGCAACGAGCACAACUUUGCUAGCAGGACUGAAUGCUACAGAUGCAAUGCACCGAGGGAUUUAUCUGCUAGCAAGUCUUCAUAUUAAAAUCAUCGAUUAAUUUCCAUUUCCGUUUCUGGGCACUGCAGUACUAUACAACUCCAAGAAGAAAAAUCAAGAAAAUUAAGACAGUUAUGUUGCUACUACGUACAUCCCAGAUCGAGCUUUUAUUUUUGCCUACCUCUAUUUUGGUUCUUUAUUUUGGAUAUUUUCUCUAUCUUUAUUCUGCUGAGGAGAGGUUUAGAAAGAUCAUGUAUGGUUGAUCAGAGAGAGACCUGCAUGGAUCAUUUAGCAUUUUGUGAGCCUUCUUAAAUAUAUAAUUAAGUAAUAUCGAAAUGUAGUCCUGCGGUAUCAAUCUCUCUUGUAUGGAUGAUGAUCAGUUUGUGUUUGAGACAGUAUCUAAUGAUAUAUCUUUUGGUUAUUCAGUUCAA